AUUCUUAAUGAUGAAUUAAAUAUAAAUACGAAAAAAUAAUUUGUUGCUGUGACUCACAUGUACCACAUUGUGGCGCUGUCUACUAAAAAACCGCGUUAUCCCUGGAAAAUGAAAACAUAGCUCCACCCUUGGAGGAAGAAAACACUGGCUGCCCCAGCCUCAGAAUAACUGAAUCAUACUGGAUGCGACAAGAGCGGCUGGAAUUCAUUGUGACAGUACUCCAGGGUAGCUCAAAAAUAUUAUAUAGAACGGCUAGUAAUUAGUUAAUCAGAUUUGAAUCCGAAACAUUCCACGUUCGCGAUGGCAGUUUUCCGGCGAGACUCCCUGGUAACCAGGCAGCUGCUGCGGUUGGUUCUGUUACACACGGCCUGGGAAGUGGGCAGCGGCCAGGUCCGUUAUUCUGUGCCGGAGGAAUCCAAACACGGCACCUUUGUGGGCCGCCUGGCCCAGGACCUGGGGCUGGAGGUGGCGGAGCUGGUGCCUCGGAUGUUCCGGAUGGUCUCCAACGGCAGGAGAGACUAUUUUGAGGUAAAUUUGCAGAACGGCGUUUUGUUUGUUAAUUCGCGAGUAGACAGGGAAGAGCUGUGCGGCCAGAGCCCCCUGUGCGCCAUUGACCUGGAGGUGAUAGUGGACAAACCCCUGAGGAUAUUUCACAUUGAAAUAGAGAUACAGGAUAUAAAUGACAAUGCUCCUGUUUUUUCGGCAAAUGACUUAAAUAUAUUUAUUGCAGAAUCUAGAUUGCCGGGCUCUCGAUUCCCACUAGAGGGCGCAUCUGACGCAGAUAUUGGUACAAACUCUGUGCUAACCUAUAAACUCAGCCCAAAUGAACAUUACACUCUAGACUUGCAAACGAAAAAUGAUCAAAUCACAUCUGCCGAUAUGGUUUUAAAGAAACCACUGAAUAGAGAGGAAGCCUCUAUGCAUCAUUUAUUACUCACCGCCACUGAUGGGGGUAAACCGGAGCUGACGGGUUCAGUUCAGCUCCUCAUCACUGUCCUGGAUGCUAAUGAUAAUGCGCCUGUAUUUAAUAAGUCAGUCUACGAAAUAAAAUUAUUGGAAAAUACAGCUAAUGGUGCACUAGUGAUGACCCUCAACGCCACAGAUUUGGAUGAGGGAACUAAUAAGGAUAUUUCCUAUUCCUUCAUUAGUCAUCUUCCCCCUAGUGGAAGAGACUUGUUCAGUAUAAAUUCAAAUACUGGUGAGAUCAGAGUUAAAGGAGAAAUUGAUUUUGAAGUGCACAGUGUAUAUGAAAUUCGAGUUGAGGCGAAGGAUAAAGGGAAUCUGCCACUGGCUGGCCAUUGCAAAAUUUUGAUAGACGUUAUAGACGUGAACGAUAACAUCCCUGAGCUGGCCAUGACUUCCCUUUCUCUACCGGUUCCGGAGGACGCUCCCCCGGGGACAGUGGUGGCUCUUAUUAGCGUCUCUGACCGGGACUCCGGAGUCAACGGCAAAGUCACCUGCUCCAUCCCCCCGAACCUGCCCUUUCGGCUCGUCUCCACCUUUAAGAAUUAUCACUCGCUGGUACUGGCGGAGGCCGUGGAUCGGGAGCGAGUGUCUGAAUAUAAGAUCCUGGUGACAGCCAGAGACGAAGGGACCCCGCCUCUCUCGGCCAGUAGCAGCAUUUUGGUGCCGAUCGAGUCCAGGGCUGCGGGGCCUUUCCGGGUGGGUGUGUACAGCGGGGAGAUCAGCACCACGCGGGCCUUGGAGGAAGCGGACGGCCCCAGCCAGAGACUCGUGAUCCUCGUGAAGGACCACGGGGAGCCGGCGCUGUCAGCGACAGCCACUGUCAGCCUGUCCCUGAUGGAGAGUCCCCAGGCUGUGAAAUGGGAUUCGAAGCAAAGGGGCGGGAGCGAAGGGCCCUUGGUUGACAUAAACGUGUCUUUAAUGAUCGCCAUUUGCUCGGUGUCCGGGCUGUUUGUGCUGGUGAUUGUCGUGUACGUUGGCCUGAGAUGCCACCCGAGUCCGGAAGUGAUGUGCGGGCCUGGGAAAGCCACCGUGGUGUGCUCGAGCGAAGUGGGGAGUUGGUCCUAUUCCCAGCGCCAGAGCCGGAACUUGUGUGUAGGGGAAGGUACCGCCAAGAAUGAUCUCAUGGUUUUCAGCCCCAACUUCCCUAACUCUUUGGAAAAUGGGGAGGAGAAACAGCAGGAGCUCAUCGCGAAUGAUGCAGGACAGCAAAAUUCUCACAAUGAGACAAGUAUUCCUGUCAGUGAUGAGAGUUUGGAAUCAAUGGUGGACGGUGUUUCUUUUCUCAACACUGAGGAACUGCCUUACACCAAUGACUGUCACUGUAGCAUACUAGUAGAUGUCUUGAAGAAAGUGUAA